AUGGCUGGUACCUAUAGCUGUGCCUAUGGCCAGUACCCACAGCUGGCACCCCGAACUUGUCCUGGGUGGGGCGGGGGGGGGUGGGGGGGUGGGCGGGGCGGUGACGUCACGGGGAGGGGGCGGGGCCGUGCCCAGAGCGGGCAGCGCGGCGCGCGCUGCCAGAGCGAGCCGGUGCCGGUGCCGAUCGUCCCGCGCGGUUCAUGCAGCUGCAAGCCCCCCGGGUGCGAUGGCCAGACCGCUGCGGGAAGGGAGCCUCGCCGAGCCCCCAGCCCCCCCACUCGUGGGUCCUCCCCGCGUGGGGGGGCGGCGGGGGGGGGCGCUGGCCCCGCCCACUCCCCUCCCCGCCCCCCCCCGCCGCCACCCCCGCCUGAGCUGCGCCUGUCCCGGGGCUCGCCCCCCCCCCCGCACCCCAAACCUUCGCCUUCUAUCGCUGCGGGGGACCCCCCGCCGCCACCCACGGCGAGUUUCAGCCCACGGAGGACGGGGAACACGAGGGGCCCCCCCCAAAUUGGGGGGAGCCCGGGGGGGGCUGUCCCCAACGGGCACCUCCCCGGGGAAGCCCCCGGCCCCGAGCGGGAGCUGGGCGCCCGCCUGCGCCGCCUGGGCGACGCCUUCCAGCGCACCUACGAGCAGCAGCGGGAGCAGCGGGGCGGCGGCGGCGGCGUUUUUUGGGGUCACCUCUACCGCUUGGUCUCGCAGUUGCUGGGAGCCGUCUACAACCUGCAGGCAGCUGCCUUGCCGGCGCGGGAAGCCAACUAGCCCCCCCGCCCCCCCACCCCCGCGACCCCCCACCCGCACCCACGGACCGGGCUGGGGUGUCACCCACUCCCCCCCACCCUUCCCUGGUGCUGCAGGGGGGUGAUUCCAGCCCCACCCCCCACCCCCAAUUUCUAUUUAUUUAAUUUAUUGGGGUUUUAUUUGGGGGGGGGGGGGGGGGGUUUGGGGGGGACCCACGGGGGGUGGGGGGACACACACGUGGCAGGGGGCAGCACCCCGAGCCUCCCCAUAGGGUGCUCCUGCGGUUGUCGCCCCAGCGGGGGGCUCUGUACAUACUGUAUGUUGGCACUGUAUAUAGGGGGAGGGGCUGUACAUUAUAUAUA